UUGCGAUAAGUAUGUGGUCAGAUUGGGUGCUGCAAUUGUCGUGAAGCUCUUCCCCACUGUCAGUCUUUGUCAAUGGAACGUAUGAUGCAGAACAGUAUGUGGUGUGGAAGGCUUCAAUAUUCCUCAGUCAGUUGUUUCGACGGGUAUUCGCAAAUAGCCGAGAGAGAGUGCAGAGACUUGACUGUUGUUAGGAGGUGUCCUUCUUGCGACACACAUCAUCAUGUGUAUAGCACAUAGCCAUUGCAAAGUCAGACCAAGAGUAGUAAAUCCUGCGUAGAACGACUACGGUGUAAAUAUACGAA